GUACAAGGUUAAUUUUUAUGGGUAAACACAAUGAAAAAUAAGAAGCGUGUGUUGGUAUCCUAGGUCAUUCAGACUCUGAAACAUGGUCACCACAAUUGUAAAUCAAGUUGUGCUUUCUACUUGUGUAUGUAUAAGGCGUCAAGCAGAAGUUUAUCAAGGCAUUCAAUGACAUCUCUAAGUUUAACUCUGAUAACGAAAUAACUCUUCAAAUUCAUGACAUAAACACCCAACAAAUGACUUGGUGAAUCUCACACAACCCCUCUAACUAUUCGUCAACAAGAAAACAAUCGUGCGAUGACCAUCUCCAACCGACGUUGAUAUUACUAUGCGAUAUCGCACUCCAAUUAUUCGUCGCUAAGAAAACACUCAAUAACCAUCUCCACUCCUCACGUUUUGGAGCAUAUGGCAGUUUAGAUCAUAAAUGAAAGUAUUCACAGGACACUCCCACGUUUCACAUGCCAUUGCCUGCUUCCUCCAACCUAAACGUUGCUCCCGAAACAUUAAUGCAAGCUGUGCUGGCUGCUGACCAUAACGUCGCCGUCGACUACGACAGUAAAAAAUCGCUUGAAAUCGCAGCCAUGAAGUAGAACAAAACUUCCUCAGUUGGGUGAAUCCCCGCUGGCUCACGUGGCCUUACCAUACACGCGGUCGCAUACUAUAUAUUCUCCUCCCCCUUCCCAAUUAGUCUAAUCAUAAUCAUGUCAUUAGUCCAAAAUCCGGAUCCUCCCUAAUUUCCCUUCUUCUCUAUUUUUUUGCAAAAAUCCGCGCACAAAAAACAAAUCCGCCGGAGUAGUUCGCGAUGUGUCGGUGGCUGUACCGCUCCUACUUCCGGUGGCCGGAACUCGGCCUCUCCCUGCCGCUAUCCAGCUUACGAUGGCCGGAAUUCGACUUCGCGUACCUGAGAACGGGGACGUGGUGGUGGUGGAGCCAGCCGAGCCCCCUCCGGUGGCUGGAAUUCUCGAUCGACGAGAUUCUCUGGAGCUUGGCGACGGCGGUGGAGUCGGUGGCGCUCGUGUCCAUGCUCUGUUACUUCUUCCUCUUCUGUGGAUGCACUCUGUGACGGCGCAUCCGGAUUAGAGAGAAGUCUAAAAAAUUCCUCCCAUUGAUCGCUUCAAUUUCGUUUGUUUCUUCUCUCUGUAAAUACACAUAUUGAUCGUAUCAAUUGAAUUAUUUGAUUUCUGAUAAUGUCUAAGUUAGUUCUUGUAAAUCCUAAUUAGCACUAUAACAGAUUAGUUAGUACCAAGAAGAUUUGAUUCUGAGAGCGGCGGAGUGCGGUUGUUUUGUGAGUUAAACGGGAAACCUUUUUUACAGUUUAAUCAAGUUACGUAUUUAAUUAUUAUUUUGUUAUUAGGCCCGCCGGAGAUGGAUUGGAAUAUUAUCCUGUUUUUUGAAUGGUGUAACGUAGACCGUAGAAGGUUGCGUUUUGGAUUUCCAUCUCUCUCGACUCUCGGGUUUUUUCUUUUCUUGUUGUGCAUAUCCAAAUCCAAGUCCAAGUUGACUGUGUUAGUAUUUGCGGUAAAGCCAAAACGUGGAAGCCAAAAUUCUUUGGAGGACAAGAAAACACCAAGGGGUCGUUUGGAUUAGAGAAUGUGUAAAUGAGGAAUUUGGAUUAAAAUUUCUCAAUUAAAAACUCAAGUAUUUUAAACGUGGGAUUUGAUCCAAAUAACAUGUUUGGGAAUAGAUGAAGGAUUUUAAUUAAAAAUUAAAGUUACAAUUAUACCCAUCCCUAAUCCCUAAGGAAGAAUAAGAAAGGAAGAACAAAAGGAGGGGCAGAGCUUGGAAAAGAAUGAGAAAAAAUGAGUGAUUGUGAAAUAGCUGAUCCCCAUCAGCUAUUUUAAAAACUCUCAUAUGAGAGAUUUAGAAUUUUCUCAUGCCCACAAUCUCUCACCUUUCCAAACACAUAAUUGUUUUAAAAUCCUGCAUAAUGAGAGAUUGUUUUAAAAUCACUCAUAAAUCCCUCAUCACAUUCACUAAUCCAAACGACCCCCAAAAUGUUCAUUACUAGUAGUAUGGGUAAAUCCAAGCAACCAUUUUUAUAGGAAUACUGGAAUUAAUAGGACGAUAUCCUUCUUUUUAUCUCAGUUGUGAUACGGUGACUAUGUUGGGCUAAUUACCAUCAUUUUAUUAAGAUAAUAAUGUAUUCUUCUCCAUGUAGGCAUAUAUCAUAUAGUCGGUCAGUCGGAAGAUUAGUACAAGUUAUUCAUCGCCGUCUAAGUUGAUACGGUACACAAAUUUAACAAAAAAUGCAAUAAUAAUAGAGUUUAUACCGUCAAAUUGGCAAUAUUCGGUGAUAACAUCCAGUUUUGACGAUAUUACAUAGGUGUAAUGUUGAUUGGUUAAUUUUUAUUUUAAUAAAGGUUUUUAGAUCCUUAGGGUAUCAGUCAAAUCAUAAGUAUACCACUAACGUACCAUGCCAUUAACUUGCCUAGUACUACAUCAUGUGCAGUUUUACAAACCGCGACUUAAUGCGCUUUACGUAGCCAACAACCUGUUUCGAGUUUGAAAGAAAAUAGUAGAGCUGUGAAUUGUGAAAUGUUUAGGUCCACCACGGUCCAAAAGUAAAAAAAAAUUAUGAACGAGACAGGAUCAUUAGUGCAUUCGGUUCACUUUUUUCUAGUAUUAUUCAAAAAUUAUUUUUUGUGGGAAAGAGGGUGCUAAUGGGCACCCUUAACCGUUAUCAUUAAUAAGACAAGGAGUCUGAAUCUCAAUGAGAUCGUAAUACAACUAGUAAUUAAGACGGGAAUUAGGAUGGCGGAGUCAGGAGAGGAUGGAAACCCGAGAUCAUGUUGUGUCCAAGCGGUUAUUCAUUCAAAAAUUUAUAGCAGUAAGAAUUGAAUCACAUUGUAUUCGUCAAAUUGAAAUCGAUUUAAGUGUCGAUUUGAUCUGGUAUGAUCUAAAAAUGAACUUACAUGUUGCACACACCUUGAAAGGUAGCUUUGGAUGUAGGCUUUCAUUGGCCAUUUGGGCUGAAUCAAAAGGUGAAUGGAAA